AUGAAUGAUGGGAUGUGGAGUGGAGCAAAUUCUGAUUUUAUUAAUGGAUUGAUUCAAGAUUUGUUUGUAGGGAGUAAAGGAAGUGAUAUCAGUAAACAAUUCGAUGCGUUGGAACUUGAUCCACAACUCAAGUCUGAUCAGUUGGCUUGUAUAAAAAACUUGUAUUACAUUGGCAAAGUUGAUCAUCGUAAUUCAGCACAAUGUCUUUUCUCGAGGUAUGUUUUGCUUGCAUUUUCCACAGCAAUUGUGGCAGUUAUAGGAUUCAAAUUUUUGGCAGCUUUGCAACUAGGCACAAAACGUGAACCAGAAGAACAUGAUAAAUUUGUUAUUUGUCAAGUACCAUGUUACACUGAAAGUGAGGAUUCAAUGAAAAAAACAUUGGAUUCAUUGGCAAUAUUGAAAUAUGAUGAUAAAAGGAAAUUGUUGUUUAUAGUUUGUGAUGGUAUGAUUGUUGGUAGUGGAAAUGAUAGACCCACACCACGUAUUGUUUUGGACUUACUGGGAGUAGAUCCAAACCUGGAUCCUGAACCAUUAAGCUUUUUGUCAUUGGGUGAUGGGGCUAAACAACAUAAUAUGGGCAAGAUAUAUUCGGGAUUGUAUGAGUGUAAUGGACAUGUGGUGCCAUAUCUUGUUGUUGUCAAAAUGGGUAAACCAACUGAACGAUCAAGGCCUGGUAAUCGUGGUAAACGUGACUCGCAAAUGAUAUUGAUGAAAUUUUUGAAUAAAGUCCAUUUCAAUUCAGAGAUGACACCGUUGGAAUUGGAGAUGUAUCAUCAAAUCAAGUAUGUGAUAGGUGUGAAUCCAAGUUUUUACGAGUAUGUGCUUAUGGUUGAUGCCGAUACAGAGGUUAUGCCCGAUUCAUUGAAUCUAUUGGUUUCAGCAUUUAUACAUGAUACAAGGGUCAUGGGAUUAUGUGGCGAGACAACAUUAGCAAAUGAGAAGAAAUCAUGGGUCACUAUGAUACAAGUUUACGAAUAUUUCAUAUCACAUCAUCUUGCAAACGCUUUUGAAUCAUUGUUUGGUAGUGUGACAUGUUUACCGGGAUGUUUUUGUAUGUAUCGAGUGAGAACACCAGAUUCGCUUAAACCAUUACUGAUUAGUAAUCAAGUUAUUGAGGACUAUUCAGAGAAUAUAGUUGACACAUUGCACAAAAAAAAUUUAUUACAUUUGGGUGAAGAUCGAUACAUGACCACGUUGAUGAUGAAACACUUUCCAAAUUAUAAAAUGACAUUUGUACCGGAUGCACAAUGUAAAACCACAGCACCUGAUCAAUGGUCUGUAUUGAUAUCACAACGUCGUAGAUGGAUCAAUUCCACAGUACAUAAUUUGAUGGAAUUGGUGUAUUUGCCACAACUUUGUGGAUUCUGUUGUUUCUCAAUGAGAUUUGUGGUGAUGCUUGAUUUGUUUGCAACACUUAUAAUGCCAGCAACCAUAUUAUAUAUGGGAUAUCUGAUUUACACAAUUAUCAAAGAUCCAUCAACAAUACCAAUUACAUCAAUAAUGUUGUUAGCCGCUGUUUAUGGACUACAAGCUGUAAUCUUUAUAUUUAGGAAGAAAUGGGAACAUGUCGGAUGGAUGAUAGUGUAUAUACUUGCAAUGCCUGUUUUUUCAUUCUACUUGCCAAUUUAUGCAUUUUGGCAUUUUGAUGAUUUCUCAUGGGGUAAUACACGUAUGGUGGUCGGUGAGAAGGGCAAGAAGAUGUUGUUGACAGAUGAGGGAAAAUUUGAUCCAAAAAGUAUUCCGAAAAAGAAAUGGUCAGAUUAUGAACAAGAGUUGUGGGAAGUCAAUACAGAAGGGUCACAAGAAUCAGAACGUUCAAGGGUUUCAGAUAGAUCAUCUAAAAGUAAUAGAAGCAAUAGAAGUAGAUCUAACACUUAUAGUAUUAAUAAUUAUAGUGCUAAUAGCAUUUUUAACGCUGGUGUUUAUAAUGGUGGUGGUAGACCUGGUUCACGUGCUGGGUCUACAUAUGGAAAACCACAAAGAUAUUAG